AUGCCAAGAAGUGCUGAAGAGGUUAUCCAACCUGAAGAAAAGCCAUAUGUGAAAACAGAACACAUACAUGUUAAAACAGAACCCGAAGAUGAAAUUGAGACCAUACUACAUGAAGUUCUUGACUCACAAUUUGAAAAAGGUGAAAUAGAUGAAGAUCAUGAAAAUACAGAUUUUCAGGAGGAAGAAGAAAAAGAAGACAAUAAUGAAGUAUCUGUAGAACCCACAACAGAACAGAGCUAUGAUGAAGAAAUAGAAGAUAAAAUACCUGAAAUAUCAGAGAAAUCAAGUUCUACCCAAGAAGAUUUAAACGACUAUUCUCAUGUGGAAGAAGGCACAAACGAGCCAGAAAUCCCAGAAUCUGGUCCAGAAAAUACAGAACAGCCUGACCAUGUAGAAGAAGUUGGUAAUGCAGAUGUUCCAGAUUCUGUUACUGAAUCUAUUCAACCAGAAGUUCCUGUUCACACAGAAGAUUAUACAGAGGAUGAUGUAAUUGUGGAGAACAAGGGUUUACAAGAGAGUAAGGCAUAUUAUGAGGAAUACACCUUGAAAACAAUUGCAGGCAGCUGUGAAUACAUUCAGCAAACAGCCGUAAAGAAGAAGAAACCAAAAUUGCUCAAUAAAUUUGAUAAAAGUAUUAAAGUUGAACUUGAUGCUGCAGAAAAGCUACGCAAAAAGGGGAAAACAGAAGAAGCUUUAAAGGCAUUUGAAGCUUUGGUAAGCAAGUAUCCCCAAAGUCCACGAGCAAGAUAUGGAAAAGCCCAGAGUGAGGAUGACUCGGCUGAGAAAAUGAGAAGCAAUGAAAUACUACAGCGAUCUAUUACCACCUAUGGUGAAGUGGCCAAUCUGCCAAAUGUCCCUGAUGAUCUAGUAAAGAUGACAUUGAAACGGCGGGCAGACAGGCAGCAGUUUCUUGGUCGCAUGAGAGGUUCAUUAGUUACACUACAGAAACUAGUUGAUUUGUUUCCUAAUGAUGCUUCAUUCAAGAACAACCUUGGAGUGGGUUAUCUUUUAAUUGGAGACAAUAACAAUGCCAAGAAGGUUUACGAGGAGGUUCUAAGCCUGGCUCCUAAUGAUGGCUUUGCAAAAGUGCAUUAUGGAUUCAUUCUGAAGGCAGAGAACAAGAUUGAAGAAAGCAUUCCCUAUUUGAAGGAAGGUCUAGAAUCAGGAGAUCCUGGCACUGAUGAUGGCCGCUUUUACUUUCAUUUGGGCGAUGCCAUGCAGCGAGUCGGAAACAAAGAGGUAGGGGGUCUACUGACUUCAUCUGAAAAAGCAAACCACACCACAGCCACAGAGGGUAGGGGUAACUUAGUCCCAAUGGCCAGGAACCUGAAAAAAGAGGAUGAAUAUCCCUAUCAUGCUGUAGAAGAGGCCUACAAGUGGUAUGAACGUGGGUACCAACGAGGUCACUUUGCCUCUGUCUGGCAGCGUUCUCUAUAUAAUGUCAAAGGCUUAAAAGCUCAGCCAUGGUGGACAGCAAAGGAAACUGGUUACACAGAACUGAUCAAGUCCUUAGAAAAAAACUGGAAGGUGAUCCGGGAUGAAGGACUUGCUGUAAUGGAUCGAAGCAAGGGCCUCUUUCUUCCAGAAGAUGAAAAUUUACGAGAAAAGGGUGACUGGAGCCAGUUUACUCUGUGGCAGCAAGGAAGAAAAAAUGAGAAUGCCUGCAACAGUGUUCCAAAAACAUGUGCCUUAUUAGAACAUUUCUCAGAUGCCACUGGAUGCCGAAGAGGGCAGAUCAAGUAUUCUGUCAUGCACCCAGGGACUCAUGUCUGGCCUCACACAGGGCCCACUAACUGUAGGCUGAGGAUGCAUUUAGGCUUGGUCAUUCCUAAAGAAGGCUGCAGGAUACGGUGUGCUCAAGAAACCAGAUUCUGGGAAGAAGGGAAGAUUCUCAUAUUUGAUGAUUCUUUUGAACAUGAAGUGUGGCAGGAUGCUGAUGCUUAUCGGCUGAUAUUCAUUGUGGAUGUCUGGCAUCCAGAGUUAACAUCACAACAGCGACGCACCUUACCAGCUAUUUAAGUGGGCUUGAGCUUUUGAGCUUCACAUUGUGUGCUGAGAAGGACAACAAAAAUAAAAUGGAACUGUAUCAAGAAUGUGUAAGGAUUUUAAGGCAUCCUGUUCUGUGUACCACGCCCCAUUACAGCACUGAUCUGAAUGCUCUGUAUUCAUGCUGCAAGUUGGAAUUCUAUGCUUUUAUCAGCCAAAGAACAUCCUGUGCUACGUUUUUGAAAGAAAACUUGUGCCAGACUUUUUUUUAAUAUGUAUUUUGGAACUCCUUGACGUAAAAGCCACCUUCAAAAGCCUGAAUGUAAUAAUAAGGAAUGCAGACUUCCAGACACUAUUAUUGUGCAAUUUCUGAUCAUUAUGAGAAGGUUAUUCAGAAACAGUAUUCAGUGGAUUGUGUCCUCAAGCGCUACAUCCAGCUCUCCCGUAAUAAAAGCAACCAUAAGAACUUAUAGAACAGUAUGAACAUUUAUUAUUGUUAUCUUUUAUAAUUCUACUUCAGUUUUGUCCAGUGGAUUUAUAGGGUGAGCUGUAGAUAAGAUGAACAGGUGGUUUUGUAUCUUAUUUUUGAUAGAUAAUGACAUUUUUCCAUCAGAUACAGUAUAUGGAUACUUUUUCUGUUCUCUUUGAACCACUUUCCUUUCGUAAUUUUCUUUUAGUUCCCUUU